AUUUAAGGUUCUGCCAAAGGUCAACAUGUCCAAAAAUUUGUACAAUAACCCCAAAACUGUGUGGGAAAAAGACAUUCUUGUAAGCCUUAAUUCUGCACAAAUUUUGGAUUCCUCAUCUUUUAGUGAAGAGGAUGUUCUGGAAUUAUUUAGGACAUUGCCAAUUGGAGAACCAAUCAAUAUGGUAUUAUAUACAAGGACAACAAAACUCUUUGCAUUUAUUGAUUUUCAACUGGAAGCGACCAAACCAGCCAUAGUAACAGAAGAUAUUAUGCUAAAGACAGCAUAUGUGAAUUUGACAUCAUCAGGCUAUUUUCCCCCUACGGUUAAAGCUCUGCGGAUACCAAAUCAAUCAAAGUUUCUGGUGUCCGACCAAGGACGUCUCCAAUGCAGUCAAGUUACGGACUUCUUAACAGACUGUAAAUGUCAUUUCAUCGUGAGGAAGUCCCUUAAUGAUAAGACCUGGCGUUUUGAAUACAGAUAUCAAGUACAGCUAGAUCCGCCAAAAUAUCUCGGCAUCAGAGGAAAUGCUCUGGACCUGAUAGCUGAAUCAGACGAAGGAUUAACACAGUUCCAGCAGCAGAAAAGACACGGCCUCGUCUUCUUAAAAAUUCCCGGACAAAACGAUGUGACUGUUAGUUUUAAUGAAGACCGUGGUAUCUAUGAACUUCGUCCAUGUGACUGUGAAGCAGAAAAUGGAAUAAAUCUGGAACGUUGUCGCCAUGGUUACUAA